AGGGGAGCGCUGGGCUGGGAAAAAGUUUCUGAGCCGCUGCAGAAGCCGGGGGCAGCGCGUUCUCGCAACAUCGCCUUUUAGGGGGAGGGAAGAGGGGCAAACCCCCUUUUUUGGGACCCUUUUUCCCUUCUCCCAAUUUUUCCCACCCCUGUGCAGCCGGAUUCAUCCCGACACCAUGUCAGCUGGGCGGCAGAGGCGGCCGGGACGGUGUUGAGGACUGCAAGAGGAGGAGGAGGAGGAGGAAGAAAAAAGAAAAAAAAGAAGAGGAGGCAGGAGAGCAUGCAACUGAGGUCCAGGAGCCCCCUUGGCAGCCUGGCUGCCGGCUUGGUGGCCCUGGCUCUGGGACUCUGCGGGCGGAUGGCUGAGGCUGCGGCUUGCCAUGGCUGUUCUUCGGGCUCUAAAUGUGACUGCAGUGGAGUUAAAGGGGAAAAGGGGGAGCGAGGAUUUCCAGGUCUAGAAGGACAUACAGGUUUACCCGGGUUUCCGGGACCAGAAGGACCCCCUGGACCCAGAGGCCAAAAGGGUGAUGAUGGACUUCCAGGGCCUCUGGGACCCAAAGGGAUCAGGGGACCCCCUGGACUUCCUGGAUUCCCUGGAACCCCAGGACUUCCUGGUAUGCCUGGCCAUGACGGAGCCCCAGGACCUCAAGGAAUCCCGGGGUGCAACGGAACCAAGGGAGAACGUGGAUUCCCAGGAAGCCCUGGUUUUCCUGGAUUACAGGGCCCUCCGGGACCUCCUGGCCUCCCAGGGAUGAAGGGGGACCCAGGUAGCAUCAUCACAUCCUCCCUGCCAGGGCCAAAGGGUGAUCCUGGGUAUCCAGGCCUCCCUGGAAUACAGGGUCCCCCUGGCCCAUCAGGCAUCCCGGGUCCACUGGGACCCCCGGGACCACCAGGUCUAACGGGUCCUCCAGGUGCACCAGGAAUUCCAGGACCAAAGGGCAAUAUGGGUUUAAAUUUCCAAGGACCCAAAGGUGAAAAGGGUGAGCAAGGUCUUCAGGGGCCACCUGGUCCACCUGGGCAGAUUGGUGAACAGAAGAGACCUAUUGAUUUAGAGUUUCAGAAAGGAGAUCAGGGUCUUCCUGGAGAACGGGGACCCCCCGGACCACCAGGAUCACCCGGGCCUCCUGGUUCGCCAGGUGGAGUGAAAGGGGAGAAAGGUGAGCAAGGAGAACCAGGAAAAAGAGGAAAACCAGGUAAAGAUGGAGAAAGUGGCCAACCAGGUCCACAGGGCUUCCCCGGAGAUCGUGGUUACCCUGGAGUUCCCGGAAGGAAUGGUGAAAAGGGUCAGAAAGGAGACAUCGGGCCAGUUGGACCUCCAGGACUUGUGAUUCCUAAACCCGGGACUGGAGUAUCUGUGGGAGAAAAGGGAAAUAUAGGUUUGCCGGGCUUGCCAGGAGAGAAAGGAGAGCGAGGAUUUCCUGGGGUUCCAGGGCCUCCUGGAGUUCCUGGUCCAGCAGGGACUCCCAUCCCGGGCCUACCCGGGGAGCCUGGCUUUCCAGGGGAAAUGGGCCAGAAGGGGGAGAGAGGCCCCCCAGGGCUUUCUCUCCCCGGACCCCCAGGACACGAUGGUCAGCCUGGUGCUCCCGGCCCCCCAGGGCCGCCUGGACCAUCCGGACCCCACAUUCCUCCAAGUGAACAACUGUGUGAGCCAGGAGCCCCCGGCCUCCCCGGACUUCCAGGAGAGAGAGGUUUCCCGGGAGAGCAAGGAUUUAAAGGGGACAAGGGAGAUACUUGCUUCAACUGUAUCGGAAAUGGCGUUUCGGGACCUCCGGGACAGCCAGGACCACCAGGACCUCCUGGGCUUCCAGGAUCUCUUGGUUUCCCCGGACAGAAAGGCGAGAAAGGGCACUCUGGUAUGCCUGGACUCAUGGGAUUGCCUGGCAUUCCAGGAGCUCCCGGUGCCCCAGGCUUUCCCGGUGCCAAAGGUGACCCAGGGGACAUCCUCGCCUUUCCAGGAACCAAGGGUGACAAAGGAGACCCGGGUUUUCCCGGGACUCCGGGUCUUCCCGGCCUGGCUGGGAGCCCUGGACAGGAUGGGCUUCCCGGUCUCCCUGGCCCCAAGGGUGAACCUGGUGGCAUCGCUUUCAAAGGAGAAAGGGGUCUCCCUGGGAACCCAGGCGCUCCCGGCCUCCCGGGGAACAGGGGACCAAUGGGACCCCCUGGCUUUGGCCCCCCAGGUCCCGUCGGGGAGAAAGGUAUCCAAGGGGUGUCAGGCCAUCCGGGGCCUCCAGGUGUGCCAGGAGCCAAAGGUGAACCAGGACAGACAAUAAGUCAGCCAGGCCAGCCUGGUCCUCCCGGUAGCCCAGGCAGGGCUGGGGAAGUGGGACUUCCAGGUGACCCUGGCCAGCCGGGACAUCCGGGCUUGCCUGGCAGCCCUGGCAUCAAGGGGGAACCAGGUAUCCCUGGAAUUGGGCUUCCAGGACCUCCAGGGCCCAAAGGUUUCCCUGGAAUUCCGGGGUCUCCUGGAGAACCAGGAGCACCGGGAAGAACGGGUCCGGAAGGUCCUCCUGGGCAACCUGGAUUUGCGGGGCAGAAGGGAGAAGCCGGAUUUGGACAACCAGGGCUGCCUGGAACGCCAGGAGCCCCUGGGUCGAAAGGACAGCCUGGACCCAAAGGCGAUUCCGGGUUCCCAGGACCCCGCGGUCUCCCAGGACGUGAUGGCUUUGAUGGGACGCCUGGACUCAAAGGUGACCUUGGGGCAAGUGGACUACCUGGACCACCAGGCCCUCCUGGGCUACCUGGCAUUGGCGGCCAAGGACCCCCAGGACCGCCCGGCCUCCCUGGGCCUGUGGGGCCCCCAGGUUUGUUGGGACUCCCGGGAGAGAAAGGAGACCCGGGCCGCCCCGGUUUUGAUGUCCCUGGACCCCCUGGGGAGAGAGGCAGCUCAGGAUUCCCCGGUUUGCCCGGCCCCUUGGGGCCAGCUGGGCCACCAGGACAGCCAGGACGAGAGGGCGUCCCAGGAUUUCCAGGUGCCAAAGGUGAAAUGGGAGUGAUGGGGCCUCCAGGCCCACAGGGACCUUUGGGAAUUCCUGGAAGGAGUGGAGUUCCUGGCCUUAAAGGUGACGAUGGCCAUCCUGGGCAGCCAGGAAUCCCUGGACCCGUGGGACAGAAAGGUGGCAAAGGAGAACCAGGCCUCCCAGGCCCUCCCGGCAGAAUGGAUCCAAAUUUUCUGGGCUCCAAAGGAGAGAAGGGUGAUCCUGGCUUGCCAGGUAUCCCUGGAGAGUUGGGCCAGAAGGGCUACCAAGGAAUUCCCGGUGAGCCAGGACAACCAGGUCUGAUUGGACAACCCGGCUCACCAGGUCCAUCAGGACCCAAGGGAGACCCUGGCCUUCCUGGCCAACCAGGACCCACAGGACCUCCCGGGAUAAAAGGCAGCAUCGGUGACAUGGGUUUCCCAGGUUCGCAAGGGGUGAAAGGGACUCCUGGCUCCCCAGGAGUUCCUGGACAGCCUGGUUCCCCUGGAUUUCCCGGCAUAAAAGGGGACAAAGGUGACCCGGGUAUUGGAGGGGUUGGCUUCCCUGGGCCCCCUGGCCCUAAGGGUGACUCUGGAUUGCCUGGGUUGCCGGGCACACCUGGUAUCAAAGGUGCCAUAGGAAGCCCUGGUUUGCCUGGAUUACCGGGAAGUCCUGGGCCCAAAGGACAAACUGGCCUUCCCGGAUUCCCAGGUUCCCGAGGCCUGCCGGGAUCCAAGGGCCUCGACGGUCUACCUGGAAGCCCUGGCCUCCCAGGAGAACCUGGUCCUGUAGGUGGACAGGGCCGCCCCGGCCCACCUGGGAUCCCUGGUGAGAAGGGGAAACCUGGUCAAGAUGGCAUCCCCGGACCAGCUGGACAGAAGGGUGAACCAGGUCAACCAGGUUUCGGCCGCCCCGGCCCACCCGGUCUCCCAGGACUUUCCGGGCAGAAGGGUGACACAGGCUCUCCUGGCUCUCCGGGAAGCCCCGGCCUUCCAGGACCGAAGGGUGAACCUGGUUUCCAGGGAUUCCCUGGGGUUCAGGGUCCCCCAGGCCUUCCCGGAUCCCCGGGCCAAUCUCAAGAAGGCCCUAAAGGUAGCCCAGGGCCUCAAGGCCCUCCCGGGAGACCAGGUCCUGCAGGUCCUCCAGGGCCGCCAGGUCGAGAAGGUCCCCGGGGUCCCCCUGGAAGUGGACAGCAGAAAGGAGAGAGGGGAAAUCCCGGUCAACCCGGAGAGCCUGGCUUACCUGGCCUAAAAGGAGAUCAAGGACCAGCCGGCCUUCCGGGGAAUCCAGGACGGCCAGGGCUCAAUGGAAUGAAAGGCGAUCUCGGACUCCCCGGAGUUCCCGGAUUCCCAGGGAUGAAAGGCCCCAGUGGACCCCCAGGCUCAACUGGUCCUGCGGGAGACCCGGGACUAACAGGCCCACCAGGUCCACCGGGCCUUCCAGGUCACUCGGGAAAAACCAUCGUGGUCAAAGGAGAUCCCGGCCCCCCGGGGUCACCGGGUCUGCCAGGACUGAAAGGGCUACCGGGCCUUCCGGGACCCCAAGGGAUACCAGGUCCAACUGGUCAACCAGGGGAUCCCGGCCGCAAUGGGCUUCCUGGAUUUGACGGCCCUGGCGGGCGCAAAGGAGACAAAGGCCACCCGGGCCAGCCAGGUAACCGGGGCUCCGACGGCCCCCCAGGGCCCGAUGGCUUGCAAGGCCCCCCUGGCCCUCCAGGAGCACCGUCUGUGGCCCACGGAUUCCUCAUCACUCGCCACAGCCAGACCACAGACACGCCCCCCUGCCCACAAGGCACCGUUCCAAUCUACGACGGCUUUUCCCUCCUCUACGUGCAGGGCAACGAGAGAGCUCAUGGCCAAGACUUGGGGACGGCCGGCAGCUGCUUGCGCCGCUUCAGCACCAUGCCCUUCAUGUUCUGCAACAUCAACAACGUGUGCAACUUUGCUUCACGGAACGACUACUCCUACUGGCUAUCCACUCCAGAACCCAUGCCCAUGAGCAUGGAGCCCCUCAAGGGACCGAGCAUCCAGCCGUUCAUUAGCCGGUGUGUGGUGUGCGAGUCUCCCGCCAUGGUCAUCGCGGUCCACAGCCAGACCAUCCAGAUCCCACGCUGUCCCCAAGGCUGGGAUUCCCUGUGGAUUGGCUAUUCCUUUAUGAUGCACACCAGUGCCGGUGCUGAAGGCUCGGGCCAGGCCCUGGCCUCGCCCGGCUCCUGCCUUGAAGAAUUCCGCUCGGCUCCUUUCAUCGAGUGCCACGGCCGGGGCACAUGCAAUUACUACGCCAACUCGUACAGCUUCUGGCUGGCCACUGUGGACGUGGCGGAAAUGUUUAGUAAACCUCAGUCAGAGACGCUGAAAGCGGGAGACCUCAGGACCCGUAUUAGCCGGUGUCAGGUGUGUAAGAAGAGGACGUAACGUCUUGGAGAGUCAUCUUCUGGGUGUUUUUUUCUAUAGUUAAAAACUAUAGAAGAUUUCCAAGAUGCACUCUCUUCCCACUCAACAAUGGUGCUACGUACACAGCCGAGGACACACAUAGAGACCUUUUAACCUGACAGAUUCCGACGAACCUCAGCCACACCCCAGAACGUGAAGCCGCGGGGGCGUCCCGGUACGAGACGUAGGACUGCCGACUCGUUCCCGGACGGGUGCGCGAGGACCACCCCGCCGCCGAUCCGAAGAUGAAGUUCCUCGUUUUUCUCCCAGGAACCCAAACGGCACUUUUCUUUUUUAAGAGGAAACAGAAUCACAUUUUAAAGUAACCGAGAGGAGAACCACACUGAGUUGAUUUUAAAUGCAAGACUGCAGUUUUGAAAAAGUCUUCAUGGUGCUACUAACCCUACUGUAUUCCAGGUUUUUAAUAUAAAAAGGCAAAGUCUGGCUUAUUUCUUGUAAGUAAUGAAAUGUGUAUAUUGUGUAAACAACCUUUUAGUCGAAGUUGUCGUUUAAACAAGAAUCAGCCUAAAUUCCACCUCCAUCCAAAGCGUACACAGGUAGCAGUAUUCCAAAUCUAAACUAUUCUGGCAGUGAAAGGAUGUAGGUCUGCACAGUGAGUUUCAGAUUGGUCCCACGUCCCGAUUUGAUUUCAUUUUGGUAAUCUACAGUUUUGUCGUCCCUUGGAUCUGGGUUUUUGAAAAUGUCCGUAACUGUAUACCUAUUAUCAAAGGCUUGUGCUCAAAGAAUCCCCAAACCUUUUUUUAAGUGUUUUUAUAUUCUCUGGCGAUAUAUUACCAUGAUUAGCCGUAUCCUCUGUACCAUUUUUUUUUUAAUAAAUCCUCUAUGUGAUCUAGCAGUAAUACAUCCGGCUCAGCCAAACACCCUCGAGAUUUCAGAUCCGUUAAGAUGCUUACCCGAAGGCCGACGUGAAUGUCUCAGAAUGGAAUCACGUAACUCUCCCCGACGGCUGUACUCUCUUGAUGAUAUGAAUAAAGUGAAAAGUAGCUAAAA